AUGUUUUUUUUGUUUCUACUACUAUGUGCCCUUUCUGUCUCCAAGUUUUCGGUUUAUGUUUUCGAUGUUGGGAUGGCCGACUCACAACUAAUUGUAUACCCAAGUGGAUAUUCUAUACUUAUUGACUUGGGAGAAGAGUUGAACAACCACAAACCAACCAAUGCGGAGUAUGUUGCCACAAGGGUUGAAGAAAUUUUGGGGAAAAAAGAACUAGAUGUCGUUGUUCUGACGCAUUUGCACACGGACCAUUAUGGAUACUACAACCAAAAUGGGUUAUGGCAUUUAUUUAACGUUAGUGGAUUCACUGCCAAGAAGUAUAUUGAUAGAGAUUUUGGUGUUUUUACUGGAGAUUCCACAUAUGGCUGUGAUGAAUCUUCCUUCACGUAUCACAACGUUGGAGAGUACACAAAAGCGAUGUUGUUAUAUGGUUGCCAAGUGCAGAACACAAAGAAGUUGUCUUAUUUGAGUACAAUUCGAGAACAGGCGAGUGAAAACGACUACUCCAUUGGUCUUAGAAUCAAAUAUGGAAAUUUUGUGUAUUGCACUGCAGGGGAUCUUGGUGGGAAGUACACAACACAAUUUGACAAUACGCUCAAUGACAUCGAAAGUACCGUCUCUGAUAUUGUUGGUAGCGUUGAUGUCAUGCAUGCCAACCACCAUGGAUCAGCAUCAUCAAACAACCAAAAGUGGUUGGACGCACUCACUCCAACUGUCACGUUGAUUUCGUGUGGUAAAGCCAAUUCAUACAAUUUGCCUUCAACGGCUGCAUCCAAAAGGUUUUUCGCCACUUCCAAAUUGACCAUUUCGACCGAACAAUGCAACACAGAAGUGGUUGGGGAAACAUACCAAGAGUUCAAUUCUGACAUCAUCAUUUCUGUUGACAAAAGUUCGUCUAAAAAAUUCACCGUCUCGAACAAGGACAAUUCCUUCUUAAAGUCAUUUGAUAUUAAACUCAACAAACCAGAAAAAGCAAAGUGUCGAAACGCCGAUCCAGAUGAUUCCAAAAAUGGUUUACAGCCAACAGUAGUUGUUGCUUUUGUGCUUAUUUUCUUUGCAUUUUUUAUCUAA